GCUAAUGCGAUAGCUGUCGGUCAGAUCGGUAGAGUGUUUUACGUGUCGAUAUAUUAAAUCAAAGUGUACCAAUGGGAAAUUCGGGUUCCAACGAGGAUACUCUCUCAGAAGAGGCUAUUGACGAAUAUCUCAAGCUGACGUACUUAAGUAGGGGUGAAAUUCGUCAAAUAUAUAAACUUCUCGACGACUUAGAGCCAGGCAUUCUCAAGCAAAAUCUGCAUUAUCGCUUUUCCACGGAGCAAAUCGACAAAAUUCUUCCACAGAUUCGUUGCAAUCCAUUCCGCGACGCGAUAUACAAGGUGUUCUCAGCAGAGCGAGAUGGACGUUUGAGUUUCGAGGAUAUCCUCGACCUCUGCUCGGCCUUCUCCGCAAAUUGUCCUCAGGGCGUGCGGGCUGCAUGGGCUUUUGAAAUUUUCGAUUUCGACGGUGACAAUCAAGUCUCUCUCGAUGAUUUGAUCGAGACGGUGCAGAGGCUGACGGGCAUGGACGAACGUGGACAGGUCCGAAUCGAUCGGCAACGCGCGAAGGAUGUAGCGCAAAUGAUACUGCGAGAAAUGGAUCUCUUUAAUACGGGCAACAUUACCCUGCAAGAAUUUGUACACACGCUAUCCAGAAUGCCAGAUUUUGCACAUACAUUCCAAUUUAAAAUUUAAUAACGUUUAAUUUAAUUGUACAUCUGACGCAAAUUUUAAAUUUUCUCAUUUGCCGUGUUAUAAAUUUUAUCGUAUUUUCUUAAUUGUAAUCAUUCCAUUUAAGUGUUUCUUUUUCAACAAGUUUUUCAACUUUUGACGCUUCUGACUUGAUUCAGUGCACCGUGUAAUAGUUAGUACUUGUAAACGAUGCAACUCGGGCAACUGUAAAUCGUUCCGAGAGUGAAAGCCCGGGAAAAUACAGCGUCGGUCUGCUCCUGCCGUGUGUUAGAGGCACAAGGACGGGUAGUACCUUGUACUUGACGUAAUACCACCAGGUACUUGGAGAAAUAGGAUGCAAUCGUACCUGGAGUGCAGCAGUACCUGUUAGCGUCGGACGCGAAGAAAGCUAAAGGAUGAAAACGGUCAGAGUGAACGUUUGCACCCCCUGCGAUAAAAUCGACGUGGAUAAAUCGCGAAAAGGGUUUUUAGUAUUACGUAUUUUUUUUAUUUUAUUAAAAAUAGUUAUAAGGAAUUUUCUUAUAAUUUAUACAAAUUUUAUCAUGCAAAGAAAAAUGCGACAUUGUUACCAAUCACGAUUUUAAUUUUAAUAUACGUGUAACGAAUUUACGUUUCGUAUUCGUCGUGUAAUAAAUUAAUAGUAUAUUGU